GAUUCAUCUCCUCCGCGAGAUGGACUCCACCAUCUCAGUGUGUUAAAUUUCAUUUGUUAAAUCUCACCCACAUAAACUAAUUUCAAGCAUCACGCACGUUUCGCUUCCACAUCGCACACAAAACACUCGUACUUCCACAGCAUCAAAACCGCGGUUUCAACAUGUUAUAACGAAUUAUUUCCGAUCUGUAUCCACCGAGUGCGACGUACAGACUCCCACCGUAUCGAUUUUCAUCGGCGAUACCUUCCCGCACACGCGACAAUUACGCAAGGAUUCAUUUUUCUGUGAUUUCACUCAAAUUUCAUUCAACGCGAUGUCGAAAUUCGGUAAUUUCGGUUUACCACCGCUGGGCAACGCGAUGAACGCCGCAUGGCAGAAUAUCCGCCAGCAUGUACCAACCGGCAGCGGCGGAGGUGGAGAACAUGGCCCCGAGGGUCAACCCGGCGAGAACUUCCAUUUUGCUCAAUUAAACAGCGAGAUACCCAAUCAGGGAUCCAUGGAACACCAUGAGAUGCAGAGCAUGCAUUGUACCAACCCAUUUAAACAGUCUUUAUCCGGGGAGGACUUCCAACAACAGCAACAACACGCAGGACAACAAGGGCAAGAGGAGUCUUCUUUCAAUUAUCAAAGUGGGAUACCACGGCAAGUGUCGCACAUGUCGUCCAUUUCGGAUGAUUUCGUUGAAGGGAAGAGUGAUAUCAAGAUCAAUGAGUAUCAAGCUGCUUGGAAUGUCACCAAUGCAAUCCAGGGAAUGUUUAUUGUUUCUUUACCAUUCGCUGUCCUCAGAGGAGGUUACUGGGCAGUGGCUGCAAUGGUGGGAAUUGCAUACAUUUGUUGUUACACAGGCAAAAUCCUAGUUGAAUGUCUGUAUGAGUUUGAUGUGACCACUGGAACACAGAUCCGUGUACGUGAUUCGUACGUAGCCAUUGCAAAAGAGUGUUUUGGGAAGAAAUAUGGCGCUAAAAUAGUCAACAUCGCACAAAUUAUUGAACUAUUGAUGACUUGUAUCCUCUACGUGGUGGUUUGUGGUGAUUUGAUGAUUGGGAGCUUCCCAGAUGGCGCUAUAGAUACAAGAUCCUGGAUGAUGUUGAUUGGUAUCCUGUUAAUACCUCUAGGAUUUCUGAAAUCUCUUCAAAGUGUGAGUCUGUUGUCCUUCUGGUGCACAAUGUCACACAUCCUCAUCAAUGCAAUCAUCCUUGGUUACUGCUUAUUGGAAAUCGGUGAUUGGGGAUGGAGUAAAGUCAAAUGGACGAUUGACUUUGAAAACUUCCCCAUAAGUCUCGGCGUGAUUGUGUUCUCCUACACAUCACAGAUCUUCCUGCCCACAUUGGAGGGUAACAUGAUUGAUCCAUCGAAAUUCCAAUGGAUGUUGGACUGGUCGCAUGUGUGGGCCGCCAUCUUCAAAGCCGUGUUUGGUUAUGUCUGUUUCCUGACAUUCCAGAACGACACCCAACAGGUAAUCACUAAUAAUCUCCACUCGGCGGGUUUCAAAGGAUUGGUAAACCUUUGUUUGGUUAUAAAAGCUCUCCUAAGUUAUCCACUACCGUAUUAUGCAGCGUGUGAGUUGUUGGAGCGUGCAUUUUUCCGCGGUAAACCAAAAACGCCAUUUCCUACAAUCUGGGCGCUUGAUGGUGAGCUAAAAGUCUGGGGUUUAGCAUGGCGGGUUGGUAUCGUGGUGUUCACUAUUCUAAUGGCGUGUUUCAUCCCGCAUUUCUCAAUCCUCAUGGGUUUCAUCGGUAGUUUCACCGGUACAAUGUUAAGCUUCAUCUGGCCGUGUUACUUCCACUUGAAACUCAAACGACAGACGAUGGAUACGCGCGCCAUUGCGUUCGAUUACUUUAUCAUCAGCCUCGGUGUCUUGUUCGGUGUUAUCGGCAUGUAUGACGCUGGUAUUGCUUUGGUGAAAGCAUUCUCCAUCGGUUUACCGUUUUAAUUCGUCAAUUUUAGCAAGAAAUACGAACGAAGUCUUCCAAAAUGAUACAAAAUAUUUAACUAAAACAAACCAAUGCCUUGGAACAAAGAAAAAAACAAAAAGCACACAAUGAUUGCGUCAAAUCAUUGAAAUGUCUUCCAUUUUCUGCACGUAACGAUCGUUACCGUUAUUUUGACAAGCAAACACGACAAUAAUCCGCGUAUUUGGCAUUGAUGCAAGUAUUAUCGAUUUUGAACCAGUGUGUAGGUGUUGAAUUACAUUUAAGGGAUAAGUAAUGUCUUCCAAAACGUUGUUAAACUGUAAACAAGUCUUCCAAAACAAUUGCUAUAUAAUAUACAUACUAAUAUCAUAGAAUAUAUCGAUGUUUGUGAUUGGUUUUGCGUGUUAUAGAGGUUUAGAUAUACAAUGAUAGUGUUAUCGGUUCGUUUUUAUUGAAAUUGUAAAAAAAACGGACAUUUUUUGUCGCACAAGUCACGUGACGAUGACAAAAUGGCCACGCUGAUGAUUAGAAAAUGGACGACGAUACACAACUCACUAAAAUUAAUAAAUAAGAAGUUUUCUUAUCGAAUUAAUGCGUAGGCGGCCAUUUUCUGAUCAAAAACGCCAUUUUGAAAGUUUAAGCGGCUAUAAAUAUACAUAAUAGCAUUCAAAUGCUGCUUUUUUGAUGCAAAGUAACUAAUUUAACAAUUUAACAAUGACAAUACAUAGAUAUUUACAUAAAUAUCACGCGAUUAGUUUAUUUAUAGUGAAAAGUAACGAAAAACGCGGCUCUAGCAAUAUUCAACUAUUUUUUGUAAGUUUAGUGACUGACCAAAUCAAAUUUGGAAAUAAUACAACAUAUUUACACUUGAUUUACUGAUCCAUAUAUCAAAAUUUGUAUAAAUAUAAAGAAAUUAAUGAAAAUCAAACUUAACUCUGUUAAUUGUGAGAAGUAAAUGUUUUAGCCUAAUGACGUGCAUAUUAGCGCAAUAAUACAUAUAUUAAAUAUUGUUAUAUUGAUAUAAAUUGUAAAUAUUAGUAAAUGCGGUCUUCCAGCAUCAAUUUUGUUAGGAUAUUAUUGAUAUUGUUGAUAUUUUAGACAUUUUUACCAGUUUGGUUGCAAGUUAUUGUUAUUUAUUGUUUAUUUGAUUGAAUUGUCUAGAUUUUAGGUAGAUUAUCAGAGAGAAGAUCAUUGAAUGACUUGUUUGUCAUUUCACUAAAUGUAUACAUCAUCCAAAUAAUGAAAAUAAAUGUAAUAAGAAUAAUGUUCAAUAAAUUACAAGAUAAUGUUAAUAUCAAAAGUCAAUAAGUAGUAAAACAAUAAAUAGAAUUACAGAA